CCUCUGCGUCUUAUCGGUAGCUUGUAUCCCAUGAUGGCUGAGCAACACGAAAGAGAGUGUGCUGUGUGCACGAAUGACUUCACCACACCAAAGAUUCUACCCUGUGGUCAUCUCCUGUGUCGACAAUGUGUCAUUUCCUGGAUAGAUUCCAAAGCUGAUGCCGGGUGUCCGCUGUGUAGAUGUCCUAUAGUAGAGCAGUCAGAUGGAAGUUCGUCCGACACUGUUGACGCCCUGCCGACAGACUUUGUGAUGGAAGCGAUGGUGGAGAGCGCUCGUGUGCUGAGUAAAGAUCACCUUUGUUGUGUGUGUGAGGACGUCAGGGCGGACUUCAUCUGUAUGCAGUGUCAGGACAUGUUGUGUUCAGCCUGUAGAAACGAUCAUAAAAAGCUUUCGGUAAGCAGCAGUCACGAUGUGGAGAGUGUCAGCACUGUGACACCUGAACGUCUGGCUGCCAGCCGCCCUGCACUGUGUGCUGACCACGGCGACAAACUAGCUGAUACGUUUUGCUUCUAUCACCGACUCGCUGUCUGCAAAUCCUGUAAGUCUGAGAAGCACAGAGAAUGUCUAAAUGUAAGUGACCUUCACGAUGAAAUUGAGACAACUCAAAAUUCAUUUACCGAUCUAACGAAGAUUCUGGUAGAAGCGGAGCAGAAGCUAGAGCAGGCUAUAGGUCAGGUGACGUCAUGUCUACAGCAAGUUGAUGUUAAUGAACAAGAAGACAUGGCGCAGAUGGACAAGACAUGUGACCGUCUUCACAAGCUGGUGGAAGAUGUUUGUAGCAAGUUGAAGCAAAAAACUCGUACGUCACAUCUCCAAAUCAGGAAUUCAUUACGUGACGUCAAGACUGACCUUAGCAACCGUCUAGGAAAGGUGACGUCACACAAACACAUUGUGACGCGAGCGGUGGAAGUGUCACCACGUCCUGCACUGAUACACAUGACACAGGCUCUGACAGACAGGGUCAACAGCCUUGACCUCAGCGCCGACGUGAACGUAGAACUGUUAAUGAAGCCCUUGUCAAGUGAAAAACAUUUUGAAGAAGUUGCGGGACGCUUAGAAAGAGAGCUACUGAUGUUGGAGCAGCAGAAAACAGAGUCAAAGUUGAUGACACCACCAUCAGUCCUUGUGUUUCAUGAAAACUGCGGGACUAACAUUCGACUAACAAACUGUAACACGACCGCAAAGAAGAUAAACCCAGAGCACAUCGGUGAUGGAGUGGUUGUGUCACGUGACGUUAUGGUGGCAAACGUCUUGUAUGAAGUGGCAGUUGACAAAGUUUUAGCAGAAGACGGCUCGUUAAGCCUGGGUGUGAUAACAAACCCUCAUCCAGGCCUCGUUGUGACGAUGUUUAUCACAGGCCUUAAAGACUCCGUCAUCAUCGAGCCCGACUGCGUCUUUCACCAAAAAUCAAGUGUGAUGAGCACAAUCGGCGAAGGUCUCAAGAGACUUCAAGUCGGGAGUCGAGUUGGGGUCCUGGUGGACACAUCCAACGAUCUUCACCUCUUCGUCGACGGACAGGACCGGGGUGUUGCAGCAAAAGAUGUUAAACAACCCUGUUUUGCUGUCUUUGAUAUUUACGGUACAGUUAAUAAGGUCACAGCACUUCCUCCAUCUAGAAGGAUAUGAAAAAAUGUGAAGAACAAGAAGGCUGUGAUAGGAACAAGUGAAUAUGUUCUUGAUUUACGACAUCAGCCUGGGUAUUGAUAUUGCCGUU